CGUCCUCAGAAGUUGAGCAAACACCUCCUCCUCCCGGCUCCCAUCCCAAUUUCUGCUGGGAGUUCGGAGCCUACCCAGUCCGGAGCUGGGGGCUCGGAGGCGGCAGGACCGGUCGGCACAGCAGGGAGGACAAGUCACCAGGUUUCAAGAUGCUACGAGUACAAAGGACCAAACUGGGCAGGCUGGGGCUCAGCUUGUACAAAGGGCUUCACCACAAGGCUGUGAUGGCCCUGAGGCGGGAGGAUGUGAACGCCUGGGAGCGGAGGGCACCCCUGGCCCCCCGGCACAUCAAAGGGAUCACCAACCUGGGGUACAAAGUCUUAAUACAGCCUUCCAAUCGGCGGGCCAUUCACGACAAGGAAUAUGUUAAAGCUGGUGGCAUUCUUCAGGAAGAUAUUUCUGAAGCUUGUCUAAUUUUGGGAGUUAAAAGACCCCCGGAGGAAAAAUUAAUGUCUAAGAAGACUUACGCAUUCUUCUCCCACACAAUAAAGGCUCAGGAGGCCAAUAUGGGCUUGUUGGAUGAGAUUCUAAGAAAGGAAAUCCGACUGAUCGAUUAUGAGAAAAUGGUGGAUCAUAGAGGAAUACGGGUAGUGGCAUUUGGACAGUGGGCAGGUGUAGCAGGGAUGAUCAACAUUUUACAUGGAAUGGGGUUAAGGCUCCUUGCUUUGGGACAUCACACACCUUUUAUGCACAUUGGCAUGGCUCAUAACUACAGGAACAGCAGUCAGGCUGUGCAAGCCAUCCGCGAUGCCGGCUAUGAAAUAUCUCUGGGUUUGAUGCCAAAGUCGAUAGGGCCCUUGACAUUUGUGUUCACAGGGACUGGUAAUGUAUCUAAGGGAGCCCAAGAAAUCUUCAAUGAGUUACCUUGUGAAUAUGUGGAGCCACACGAAUUAAAAGAAGUUUCCCAAAAUGGAGACCUGAGAAAAGUCUAUGGGACGGUGUUAAGUCGCCAUCAUCAUCUUGUCAGGAAAACAGAUGGUGUGUAUGAUCCUGUAGAGUAUGACAAAUAUCCUGAGCGCUACAUAAGUCGUUUUAAUACUGAUAUUGCGCCCUAUACAACUUGUUUAAUUAAUGGAAUCUACUGGGAACAAAACACCCCUCGAUUACUAACUCGCCAAGAUGUCCAGAGCCUCUUGGUUCCCGGCAAGUCCCCGGUUGCUGGUGUGGAAGGCUGCCCCGCAUUACCACACAAACUUGUGGCAAUAUGUGACAUUUCAGCUGACACAGGAGGAUCUAUAGAGUUUAUGACUGAAUGUACAACGAUAGAACAUCCCUUUUGUAUGUAUGAUGCAGACCAGCAUAUUAUUCAUGACAGUGUUGAAGGCUCGGGGAUUCUGAUGUGUUCCAUUGACAAUCUGCCAGCACAGCUUCCAAUUGAAGCCACAGAAUACUUUGGAGACAUGCUUUACCCUUACGUUGAAGAAAUGAUAUUAUCAGAUGCAACACAGCCUCUUGAAAGUCAGAAUUUUUCUCCAGUGGUGCGGGACGCAGUGAUUACAUCCAACGGUACAUUGCCUGAUAAAUAUAAAUAUAUCCAGAAACUCCGAGAGAACAGGGAGCUUGCUCAAUCACUUUCAAUGGGCACCAAGAAAAAGGUCUUGGUUCUUGGAUCUGGUUAUGUAUCUGAGCCUGUACUGGAAUAUCUGUCAAGAGAUGACAGUAUACAAAUAACAGUAGGCUCUGAUAUGAAGAACCAAACUGAACAGUUAGGCAAGAAAUAUAACAUUAAUCCUGUUAGCAUGGACAUUAGUAAACAAGAAGAGAAAUUGAGCUCCUUGGUGGCAAAACAGGACCUUGUCAUCAGCUUGUUGCCUUAUGCAUUGCAUCCUCUUGUGGCCAAGGCAUGCAUCACAAGCAAAGUUAACAUGAUCACCGCAAGCUACAUCACACCGGAACUAAAAGAAUUAGAAAAGAGUGUGGAAGACGCUGGCAUCACUGUUAUUGGCGAACUGGGACUGGACCCUGGUCUUGAUCAUAUGUUGGCAAUGGAAACCAUAGAUAAGGCCAAGGAAGUGGGAGCCACGAUUGAAUCUUAUAUUUCCUACUGUGGCGGGCUUCCAGCCCCGGAACACUCGGACAACCCUCUGAGAUACAGAUUCAGCUGGAGUCCAGUGGGAGUUUUGAUGAACAUAAUGCAGCCCGCCACCUACCUGCUCAACGGAAAGGUUGUGAAUGUCGCAGGGGGCAUCUCCUUUCUUGAUGCAGUGACCCCCAUGGAUUAUUUCCCCGGAUUAAAUUUGGAAGGCUAUCCUAACAGAGACAGUACGAAAUAUGCUGAGAUUUACGGCAUCCCAUCUGCGCACACUCUGCUGCGGGGGACACUGAGAUACAAGGGUUAUGCCAAAGCUUUGAAUGGAUUUGUAAAACUGGGUCUCAUAAACAGAGAUCCAUUUCCUGCCCUUCGACCUGAGGCCAACCCUCUCACCUGGAAAGAACUCCUUUGUGAACUUGUUGGGAUUUCACGCUCCUCCACGCAUGAUGUGCUUAAGGAAGCUGUCUUUAAGAAAUUAGGAAGAGACAAUACCCAGCUGGAGGCUGCUGAACGGUUGGGCUUACUUGGGGAUGAACAAGUCCCUCGAGCAGAGUCUGUGGUGGAUGCACUCUCCAAGCAUUUGGCCAGGAAACUCUCCUAUGGCCCUGGAGAGAAAGAUAUGAUUGUGAUGAGAGACAGUUUUGGAAUCAGACAUCCUUCCGGACAUUUAGAAAAUAAAACCAUUGACCUUGUGGUUUAUGGGGACGUCAAUGGCUUUUCAGCCAUGGCGAAAACUGUGGGGUUACCCACUGCUAUGGCAGCCAAGAUGUUGCUUGAUGGUGAAAUUAAAGCUAAAGGCCUGAUGGGGCCCUUUUCAAAGGAGAUCUAUGGACCAAUUUUGGAGCGAAUUCAAGCGGAAGGCAUUAUAUAUUCAGCACAGAGCGUAAUCACACCAUAACUGAGAAUUAUAUCUUGUUAUCUUCCCAUGUAGCGUCGUUUUGAACAUUUGUGCAACAAACAUGCUUGCUAAUGUACUACUUUGAAAUAUAAAGCAUGAUAUAUUUUUUUGAGUCAGUCAAUGUAAUGAUAUUUUUAAAAUAUAAGUCUCUAUUUUAAUAUGAAAGCAUUUGGAAAAGGAGAUGCCAGUAAUUACCAGAGAAGUUUAAUAACUCUACAUGUAUUUUUUUCACGUGUAUGUAAAAGUGAUGAUUGUGUUAUAUGUUAAUUUAUUGUGCAGCCUUUUUUCUUAUAAGAAUAUAUUUUCCUAUCAUCAGCAGAUAAACUUUUAUCUUUUUUGGUAAGAAAAAAAAUUUUCCACAGCUAUAUUUUUGUACUUUUCAAAUGAGUCAGUUAGACACUUUUAGAUUACUUACCUAUGAACCUUUGCAAUAGUUCUGUUUUAUGGCUUUUUGGUAAAAUUAUGAUUUAUCUAGUAAAUAACAUUUCUUAUAGUUUUCUUUUGAGCUUUUGGAAAAGGAAAUAGGUAAAAUUAAAUGAAAAUCCACAUGAUCACCUUGUUAGAGACAGAAAAAGCAUUUAACAAAAUCUAACACCCUUUCAUAAUAGAAAGACUCAAUAAACUAGGAACUGACUUUUUUUUAACCUGAUAAAGAACAUCUAUGAAAAACCCAUAGCUAGCAUCACAUUUAAUGAUGAAAGGCUGAAGGAUUUCCCCUUGAAAUCAGAAACAAGACAGUAAUAUUUGCUUUUGGCUCUUCUACUCAACUUGUACUGGAGGGUCUAACCAGGGCAAUUAGGCAAGAAAAUGAAAUUAAACACAUCCAUAUUUGGAAAGAAGAAGUAAAACUAUCUCUAUUUGGAGAUGGUAUGAUCUUAUAUAUAGAAAAUCCAAAAGAAGACUUUAAGAAAAUUAUAGAACUAAUACUUGAGUUCAGCAAAGUUGCUGGACACAAGAUUAAUACACAAAAAUGAAUUGUAUUUCUGUAUAAUUAUCAAUAAAUGAAAACAAAAAUGAUACUGAAAAAAUAAUUAAACUUACAGUAGUAUGAAAAAGAAUAAAAUAGGAAUAGAUUGAGAGUCCAGAAAUAAUCCUCAUAUUUAUGGUCAGUUGAUUUUUGAAAAGGGUGCUAAGACAAUUCAAUAGAGGAAAAUAGUCUUUUCAUCAAAAGGUGCUGGAACAAUUAGAUAUCCACAUGCAAAAGAAUGAUGUUGGACCCCUACCUCACAGUAUAUGCAAAAAUUAACUCAAAAUGGACCAAAGACCUAAAUGUAGGAGCAAAUGCUAUAAAACUUUUAGAAGAAAUCAUAGAUGUAAGUCUUCAUGCCCUUGGAUUAAGCAAUGGUUUCUAAAAUAAUUGAAACCAAAAACACAAAGAACAAAACAGAAAAGUAGAUAAAUUGGGCAUCAUCAGAAUUAAAAACUUUUGUGCUUCCAAGGGUACCAUCAUAAAAACAAAAAGACAACCCAUACAAUGAAAGAAAAAUUUUUGCAAAUCAUAUAUCAGGUAGGCAUGGAACCUGUAUUUAGAAUAUGUAAAGAACUACUAUAACUAAAUAAGUAGAGAAAGAGCCCAACUUAAAAAGUGGACUAAGGGCGUGAAUUGACAGUUCUCCGAAGAAGAUAUACAAAACCAAUAAGCACACGAAAGGAUGUUCAACACCAUUAGCUACCAGGGAAAUGCAAGUCAAACAUACAAUGAGAUACCACUUCAUACUUACUAGGAUAAUUAUAAUGAAAAAGAUAAUAGCAAGUGUUUGUGGGGGUGUGGAGAAAUUGGAACUCUCAUAAACUGCUGGUGGAAAUGUAAAAUUGUGCAGCCACUUGGGAAGACAGUUUGGUGGUUCCUCAAAAGGUUAAGCAUAGAGUUACCAUAGGAGUCAGCAAUGUCACUCUUAGGUGCAUACCCCAUAGAAAUGAAAACGUAUGCCCACACAGAAACUUGUAAACAAAUGUUUAUGGUAGUAUUAUUCAAAAUAGCAAAAAAUCAAAACAAGCCAAGUGUUCAUCAACUAAUAAAUGAAUAAACAAAAUGUGAUAUAUCCGUACAAUGGAAUAUUACUUGGCAGUAAAAAAGGAAUGAAGUUCUGAUACAUGCUACAACAUGGUUGAAACUUGAAAACGUUAUGCUAAGUGAAAGACACCAGACACAAAAGUCCACAUUUUGAUAUUAUCUCAUUUAUAAGAAAUUGUCCAGAAUAGUAGAUUAGUGGCUGCCUAGGGCUGGGGGUUUGGGGGAAAGUGGUAAUGACUGCUAAUGAGUUUGGGGUUUCUUUUUAGGGUGGUCAAAUGUUGUAGAGUUGAUUGUGGUAAUGGUAUCACAACUCUGUGAAUAUAUUAAAAAUCACUGAAUUGUAUACUUUGUGUGAAUUACAUAGGUUGUGAAUUAUAUCUCAAGUUGUUAUAAAAUGAUUCAAUUAUAAAUAAAACCUUUUCAUUUUUGUUC